UGCUAGAAUUAAAAUGGCGGCGCCCAGUGAACAAUGUGAGAACCGGCGACUGCUGUAACCGUUUGCGUUUAGUGCGACGAAGAACGAUACAUAUUGAUAGGAUUUUAAGGCAGCAAGAUGUAUUCUGUGUACAAGCAGAUCCACCCUCCCACUGGGAUUGAGCACUGUGUGUACUGCAACUUCUUCAACUCAUGGGAGAAGAAUCUUGUCAUUGCCGGAGUAAACCAACUUCAUGUGUACAGACUCAACUCCGAGCUAGAGAUGUCGGACACUCCAGAGGAAGAAAUGUCAGCAGAGAGUCGCAGGACGAGACUGGAGAACCUGGCUACGUUCACGCUGUUCGGCAACGUGAUGUCGAUGCAGACCGUGAAGCUCGCCGGCUCACAGAGGGAUGCCUUGCUGCUCAGCUUUAGUGAUGCAAAGUUGUCGGUGCUUGAGUAUGACCCCGGUACGCACGACCUGAAGACAUCCUCACUCCAUCAGUUUGAGGAGCAGGAGCUGAAGGAAGGGUUUUUCAAGCCACACACGAUCCCCAUGGUGAGAGUUGACCCUGACGGCCGCUGUGCUGUGAUGCUGGUCUACGGCACACACCUAGUGGUGCUACCAUUCAAGAAGGACGCUGUGUUGGAGGAGAUUGACCCGCUUAUGGGGGGAUCCUUCAGCAGCAAGUCCCCUAUUCUGUCUUCCUACAUCAUCGACCUGCGGAAGCUGGACGAGAAGAUCACCAACGUCCACGACAUUCAGUUCCUGCAUGGCUACUUCGAGCCGACCGUGUUCAUCCUGUACGAGCCUCUAAUGACAUGGACAGGACGCACAGCGGUGAGGGCAGACACCUGCAGCAUUGUCGCCAUCUCCCUUAACAUCCAACAGAAAGUCCAUCCCAUCAUCUGGUCACUGAGUAGUCUCCCCUUUGACUGUUUCAUGGCGGUCGCUGUACCUCGCCCAAUUGGUGGCGUGAUAGUGUUUGCCGUCAACUCACUUCUCUACCUGAAUCAGAGCGUGCCUCCGUAUGGAGUCUCCCUCAAUAGCAUCGCAGAGACUUCCUCAGCCUUCCCUCUCCGGAUACAGGACGGAGUAAAGCUGACGCUGGACUGUGCUCGGGCCUCCCUGAUCUCACACGACAGACUGGUGUUAUCCCUGAAGGGUGGGGAGUUGUACGUGUUGACCCUGGUGGUGGAUGGCAUGAGGAGCGUUCGCAGUUUCCACUUCGACAAGGCCGCUUCUAGCGUGCUCACCACCUGCAUGUGCCAGUGUGAGGAGGGCUUCCUGUUCCUGGGCUCGCGGCUCGGCAACUCGCUGCUGCUCAAGUACGAAGAGAAGGCUCUGGACAAGUCUGAGAAGCAGGAGGCUGACAAGAAACAGAAUGAACCAGCUUCUAAAAAGAGGAAAGUUGAAGGGGCAGAACAGUUAGCCUCUGAUGUGACAGAGAUUGAGAACCUGGACGAGCUGGAGGUGUACGGCGCCAGUGAAAACACUUCAGGAACCACCAUUACGUCCUACACCUUCGAGGUCUGUGACAACAUAUGGAACAUCGCCCCAUGUGGACAGAUCACAAUGGGAGAUCCUGUCUUCCUGUCUGAAGAGUUCAGCAGCUCCCUUGACCCUGACCUUGAACUUGUCACGACCUCUGGCUAUGGCAAAAAUGGGGCCUUGUCAGUAUUACAGAGAAGCAUUCGGCCGCAGGUUGUGACGACGUUUGAGCUGCCCGGAUGUCGAGACCUGUGGACAGUGUUCAGCUCUGUGCCCCUGGUAGAUGAUGAGGCAGAGAAGGAAGAAGGAGAGAAAGAGGAGGAACCCAAACCAGAGUUGAAAGGAGGUCACGCCUUCCUCAUCCUGAGUCGGGCUGACACCAGCAUGGUUCUGAAGACAGGCCAGGAGAUCAUGGAGUUGGACCACAGCGGCUUUAGCACUGAGGCAGCGACGGUCUACGCAGGGAACAUUGGUGCCAACUACAUCCUGCAAGUCUGUCCCAAGGCUAUCCGCCUGCUUGAAGGAGUGAAGCAGCUGCAGCACAUCCCCAUGGACAUCUGCAUCACCAAGUGCACCGUGGCCGACCCCUACGUCCUCAUCAUGACAGAGGAUGGAGGCUUCAUGCUGCUCACACUCAAACAGGACAGCUUCGGCACCGGCGUCAGACUGGCCGUCAUGAAACCACAGCUACAGAUACAACCCCUCGUAGUAAGUGUGACGGCCUACAAGGACCUAAGCGGCAUGUUGACAACAUCACCUAUCAAGGCAGAGGAACAUCACACUGAGAAGGCCAACAAGCCUGUGGUGGAGAAACCCGUUCUUCUGGAUAGUAGUGCCAUCGAUGAUGAGGAUGAACUGUUGUAUGGAGACUCUGACACGUCUGCUUUCACCUCCUCCUUCAGUAUGGGCACACAGGACACCAAGCAGACAGCACCAGGGAAGGUCACCAAGGACAUCAAACCUUCCUACUGGGCUGUCAUGUGUCGAGAGAACGGAGAUAUGGAGAUCUACAGCAUGCCGGACUUCAAGCUGUGUUUCUACGUCAAGAACUUCCCCAUGGGGCACAAGGUGCUAGUAGACAGUGGGCAGGUGGUUGAUACCGCCGCUAAACAAAGGUAGGCUUCAUCUUCAGCGACAAGUCGGGCAUGGUGGGGGGAGGUGCAUGAGGUCAAGGAGCUGCUGAUGGUGGGGUUCGGACACAACAAGUCACGCCCAUACCUCCUGGCUCGUGUGGAGGACUCGCUGCUGAUCUACGAAGCGUUCCCCUACCAGCAGGAGAACCUCUCCCGCACAGAGAACCACCUGAAGAUCCGCUUCAAGCGCUACAACCACAACAUCAUGCUGAAGGAGCGGAGGCCGCCCAAGGGGAAGAAGAAAGAUGACAAGGAAGAGGAGGAGAAGGUGGCCGUGUACUCCCAACAACAUCUGCGCUACUUCGAGGAUGUCUCCGGCUACUCGGGAGUGUUUAUCUGUGGUCCAUACCCCUUCUGGCUGUUCAUGACAUCCAAGGGCUCGCUCAGGAUCCAUCCCAUGAGCAUCGACGGUUCCGUCACCAGUUUCACCUCCUUCCACAACAUCAACUGCCCCAAAGGAUUCCUGUACUUUAACAAACAGUCAGAACUGCGGAUCUGUGUCCUGCCAACCCACGUGACAUAUGACGCGCCAUGGCCGAUACGUAAAGUACCACUCCGCUGUACACCAAUACACCUGACCUACCACUCCGACAGCAAGAUGUAUGCUGUUGUCACCAAGACCACGGAGUUAUGUAACCUGUUGCCUCGGACCACAUCAGACGAGAGGGAAUGGGACACAGUGGAGAAAGAUGAUCGCUACAUCUACCCGACGAUGGACAGGUAUACUCUGCAGCUGUUUACCCCCAGCUCGUGGGAGCUCAUACCCAGGGCCAGCUACGAGACGGAGGAAUGGGAGGACGUCACAGUGCUGAAGAAUGUUAUGUUGAAGUCCGAGGGGACGCUGUCCGGUAUCAAGGGCUACAUCGCCAUGGGAACCAACUACAGUCUCGGGGAGGAGGUGGUGUCAAGGGGAAGGCUGAUUAUAUUUGAAGUGAUAGAAGUUGUUCCUGAGCCAGGUCAGCCUCUCACGAAGACCAGGAUCAAGAUCAUCUAUGAACGAGAACAGAAGGGGCCGGUCACCUGCUUGUCUCAUGUCAAUGGCUUCCUGUUGUCUGCUAUAGGACAGAAGUUGUACAUGUGGACGCUGAAGGACAACGACCUGAUCGGCGUGGCCUUCAUCGACACUCACAUCUACAUCCACUCCCUCUGUGUCAUGAAGAAUCUCAUCCUUGCGGGGGACCUGUUGAAGAGCAUCUCACUGUACCGCUUCCAGGAGGAUCUCAAAGUGCUGUCUAUUGUCAGCAGGGACAUCAAGCCCCUGGAGGUGUACGCUAUAGACUUCAUGGUGGACAACAACCAGGUCUGCUUUGCCGUGUCCGACAGAUUCAAGAAUAUCAUUGUGUAUUCGUAUCAACCAGAAGCAAGGGAGAGUCAUGGUGGUCAGCGGCUGCUGCGGCGAGCAGACUUCAACGUCGGGUCUCACAUCAGCAGCAUGUUCCGAGUCCGGUGUCGCCUCACCGACAUCGCCAGCGACAAGAAGCUGAUGUCGUUGUAUGAUAAACGGCAUAUUACUUACUGUGCCAGCCUUGAUGGAAGUCUGGGCUAUCUGAUGCCGAUCUCGGAGAAGGUGUACCGCCGACUGCUCAUGUUACAGAACGCCAUGACAACACACGUGCCACACACGGCGGGAUUAAACCCUAAAGCUUACAGGGCAAUAUUGUUGUCAAUCCCUGAGCUGGCCAACCCCAACAAGAACAUCCUUGAUGGUGAGCUGCUGUGGAAAUACCUACAUCUCAGCAUCCUAGAGAAAAAUGAGAUCUCCAAGAGGAUUGGAACGUCUACUGACCAGAUAAUGGAUGACUUAAUGGAAAUAGACCGAGCAACGGCCCAUUUUUAGUUCUAUGCCAACGCACAACUGACAGUGUUUGUCUUGGGCCUACUUGACAGGAGUUAUCUCCCCUGAGACAUCUCUACGUAAAGAGUGUUAAUACCACAAGUCCAGUGUUGUAUGCAAGCUCUGGUACUCGACCUCAAACCUAUGAAGUGAAUUCAUCUAAGAGAAUAAUUGAACAGAACUCCAGAUCCGAUGGACAGUGGCACAGAUAUGUGUCAUAUUUGUGUAUAUCUUGAGACGAGAGGUAUGGAUAAUGGAUUAAUCGAACUGAACAGCUGUUGCAGGGAGCGAGGGUGAGGUGGUUCUAUCCGGGAGAGACCAGUGCUGGGGUGAAGACCCUCCACAUAUAUUGUGCAACAUGGAUGGUGCUGAUAUCUCACCAGUUUAAACUGAAUGACUUCCAAUCAAAUUGUGUAUAAGUCAUUCAGCAGUUACAUUUUUGUUUUCAUUGUGUAAAUAAUCAUGUGUUUUGAUGUCUCUCAUUGUACAUACAUGGUGUAUGUAAAUACUGAAUAAAACACACAAGAUCUC